AUGCUCCAAAACUCUCCGAGCCUCCAGCGAAUUGGAUUGUGGAUGAAAGACUUUUUUAGAGUAACAAACGUGAACGAUUGUCUUAAGCUCUACGGACAUGGACGGGCCAGCCGGCUAGUCACUGGGUCACGUCACAUGGCUAAAUGGAUGUUCGACUUUUUCUAUCCUCAUUUUUGCAGUCCGCUCUUCCGCAGCCAAAAUUCUCGGACAAUCUGUUCUUUUUUGGUGCUUCAUGAACAGAUUUGUCGGCAGUGGCAUAUAUCCAUUCUCGGAUAG